AGAAGAAAAAAAAGAGAAGAAAAAAACCUCCAAAAAAAAAAAAAAAACCCGUCCAUCGAUCCAGACUGGCCCUCCUCGACCACACCACACUCUCUAGCUCAUCCUACCUCCAUCCAGCACUUGGGCCGUCGGUCGGACCCCAAAAGAGCCGUCGUUCGCCGUGUCUGUUCUGUCUGCCCCUUCUGCCCCUUCUGGCCUCUUCCUCUCUUUCUUCUCACAAAGGCCGCCCCGCCCACCACCGCCUCCUGGCACAUCGGCCCAUGUGCCAACUGGGACCACCCUACUAGAUCAUAGCAGGCGACUUCAAGUCUUUGCGCACUGCUCGGGGGACGAUAGAAAGACUACACCUGGAAUCAACACCGGUACUCGCACCGGUACGGCUUCACCCGGACCCUCAUCCGCUUCGACGUUCCACGGUCGGACCCGGCGCCGGCUUGUCCCCCCGGGACUGAACUGAUCGGCUUCUCCAACAUGGCACCUACCACCGAGACUACCUCAAACAAGGCCCUGUACGACGGCGUCGACGGGUCGCCCGUCCAGACACACAUCUACAGCGACGGCGAGGUGCGUGACGCCGCCACCGCCACCACCACCUCCACCAGCGAGGACCAGGCCGUCGCCCAGGGCCUGCAGCAGAUCCAGGCCAGGAAGGUCCACUGGUACUCGUACUUCACCACCUGGGACUUCUGGGUCCUCAUCCUGCUGGGCCAGCUCCUGACCCUCUGCAACACCGCCACCAGCACCUUCACCUCCUUCCUGGUCGAGUGGGGCACCUCCAUCCCGGCCUUCCAGACCUUCUUCAACUAUGUCCUGCUGAGCGCCGUCUACGUCCCCUACAUGUUCUACCGCUACGGCUGGCGCAAGGUCGCCCGCGUCGCCCUCUCCGACGGCUGGAAGUACCUCAUCCUGGCCUUCCUCGACGUCGAGGGCAACUACUUCACCGUCCUGGCCUACCGCUACACCAACAUCCUGUCCGCCCAGCUCAUCAACUUCUGGUCCAUCGUCUGCGUCGUCGUCGUCUCCUUCGCCCUGCUCAAGGUCCGCUACAAGCUCUUCCAGAUCCUGGGCAUCCUCAUCGCCUGCGGCGGCAUGGGCAUGCUGCUGGGCAGUGACGCCAUGACCGGCUCCAACAACUUCUCCACCCCCGACAUGCUCAAGGGCGACCUCUUCUGCCUGGCCGGCGCCACCUGCUACGGCCUCAGCAACGUCUUCGAGGAGUGGUGCGUCUCGCGCCGCCCCGUCUACGAGGUGCUCAGCUUCAUGGGCAUCCUGGGCAUGUGCGUCGGCGGCGCCACCGCCGCCAUCUUCGACAGGCAGACCUUCCAGGAUGCCACCUGGAACGGCCCCGUCAUCGGCUACGUCGUCGGGUACACCCUGUGCCUCUUCAUCUUCUACUCGCUCGCCCCGCUCAUGUUCCGCAUGGGCUCCGCCGCCUUCUUCGACAUCAGCCUGCUGACCGGCAACUUCUGGGGCGUCAUCAUCGGCAUACACGUCUUCGGCUACGCCGUCCACUACCUGUACCCCGUCGCGUUCGUCCUCAUCAUCAUCGGCCUCGUCGUCUACUUCCUCGCCGGGAGCAUGCUGGGCGACUCCAAGAAGCCCUGGCUGGGCGACAACCAGGAGGGCGGCGUGGCCGGCAUCGGCACAGCCAAGCUCAAGGCGCUCAACGAGGCGAGGAGGCAGGGCCUCGUUGCUGACCAGCGAGUCUAGGUCUCGGAGGCUUGUCGGUGGGGCAGGGUCUAGCCGCAACACACUAAAUCUAGAGCACACCGUCAACAGGAUAUAAUGUUGAUACACAUGGCGUAUAGUAAUUCUUGAAUAAUGGCAGACAUAUCACUCGCUUGAAGCGUAACUCCUCCUCGGACACGUCCCAGACCAGCCGUAAAUCGGCCCCCAGGCCGUAAGCUUGCUACAGAAUAGAGGGACGGGAAGGAAGGCGUUGACCGAAACGGUGGCUGUCGUCUAAAUCCCAGAGCCGCCGCUUGGCUUGCCAUCGCAUCAGUCUUUCUCCUGUUGCUCGCCCCUCACCUCCGAUCUUGCUGUGGGCGACAGUGGUAUCAGCAGUGCGUGCCGGGGGAGUGAGGCCGUGAAGCGUCGGCCCAUAGCGUGACGGGAGGUGGUGGUCCAGACUGUUGAAUGUGACACCGCCAACCCCCCUUGGUGUUCCUCUGCCCCUCCCACUCAUAACAAGCCAGAUAUAGUCCUACGAUGACAUGACACAGCAUUGAAGGUUCCUGCCCCGCCGACAGUACUCGUUGUUUGCCCCCAGGAACGACCUUCUUAUGGACAUAUGUACGGGAAGACUGAGCAGACGUGCAAUAAGCUGUUUUGUCUCGCGGCCACGGCAUCUACACACAUCCCCUACAAGACAGCCUCCCGUAGAAGCCACCCCCGGCUGGGCGGCCUGACACUGGCCGACCACCAGUGUGGUCAUGAAUCGCCUCGUCACCACUCUUGUGCGUUUCUUGCUACUGCUCGGGCAGAGGCCCCAAGAACGAAUAUCAGGUGCUUUUGCAACGUUCUCGUAGCCGAUCGUGAGCGUGAUGCAGCUCCAGGUGCGGCACGGCCGCGCACGAGAUGCGUCGCCUGAGAGCGGCUGCCACGGGGUCCGGGAUAUUGUCUCUGAUCAGUAAGGCCAAUUUACUUGCCAUCUAUCCGGAGAAGAAGUUCGCCGGCGUGUGGCAUCCUCCCCCCUCGACGCGUUGGGGGUUGAUCUGCAGAGUCCCUGUCCACGGCAGAAGCAGUGUCACUCUUGACCCGUGUAUUGCAAGUCUGUGUAUCCCAUUGGCCGUCGGUACAUUGCGGCUCGAAGUCGGUGUAGAUAAAAGCCUAGUAGAUUUGUCCAAAGA